AUCAGUUCUCAACUGGCAGUGCGAGCAUUAAUGAAGGAUAAUCGGUGCGAAGGAUACUCUACAUAGUAGUGGCAGUGUUUGUUUGCUGUUCUGGACAAUGUGAUUUGGAAAUUUAAAAUUGUUAGCGAUUGGUGGAUUAAUGGAGCGAUCACCGGUGAUGCAAUAAUGAAAAGUAUUUCCACUGCUGUACUGUAGUGCUGAUUUGUAGUGAGAUUUAUUAAAUAUUUCAAAGAUAAUAAUUGCUGAAAAGAUAUUCGUUUUCGUCCUUUGAGUGUAAUCAGUGACAUCAGCUAAAGGUGUAGUGAUCAUUGGUGAUCGUAAUAGCAGCUACAGCGAUCAGUAAAAUGCCGAAACGAAAACGAGCUCCCUCGCCAAAGUAUGAUCUGCUCGAGGAUGGCUUCGAUGAUGAUCUCAGCUCAAAUGAUGACAAACCAGGCACCCCGAUACAACGGAAUGCAGCCAAUGCACGGGAACGGGCGCGAAUGCGAGUCCUGUCGAAGGCAUUCUUUAACCUGAAGCGCAACAUCCCGUGGGUUCCGGCGGAUACGAAGCUUUCCAAGCUGGACACGCUGCGGUUGGCCAAGAACUACAUCAACUACCUGGCAGCGACACUCGACGGUCAAUCGGUGGAAGAUUUUUCCUCCAACCUAGCGCAACCACCAAAGACGGCAUGGCCGUUCAUUUUCCAGCAAGUUCAACCACACCCAGAACCGAGCAAAUCGAAACACCAACAGCAACCAUCGUUUGGCCCUUCCACUACGCCACCGGCACCGAAUGCGGCAAAUGUCGGUCAAAUCUCGACGGCGGCUGCUGAUCAAAAGUGGAGCGACUACGCAGCAGCGAAGGAUGGCACUUGUCGCGACCCGUCGACCGGUGGUGUCGGGGUAUCGGAAGAUAUCGAAUCACAGACCGUAAGCCCGCCGCAUCGGCUUCAUCAUCGUCAAUUCUCGGAAAGUCAGAGCGUGUCGUCGAGCGGUAUGGAAGGUGUCAACGAGUACGAGGGGAGUUUUGGGGAGCCAAUGGUUGUCUGUGGUGUGCCGCAACCCCAACACCAACUACAGAGACAGCAGGUACUCCAUCAGCAACAGCAGCAUCAUCAGUCUCAGCACCUACAUCAGCAUCAUCAUCAGCAGCAGGCUCAUGAGCAUUUGAUGGUGCAACAUCAGGAGCAUCACCAUCAUCAUCGGCACCAUCAACAGCUGCAUCAGCAAUAUGCGGUAGGCAGCUCGACGACCGGCGGACAAUCGCACAACGGUGGAUGCCACAUCGGGAACGGUAUGCCGGUGUCUUACCAGCGGCAGCAGCACAUGACUUCGAUUGGUGGUGAUUGACGAGACUAACGGGCCGGUUGGGCUGCUCGAUGGAAAACACCUGUAUUGUAUUUAGUGGACAUUCUUUUUCUGUCUGAUGUACCAAAACCAAAGUAUUAAAUUAUAUUGCUAAACUCAUUUUCGACCCCAAAAUAAAUGCAGCAAUUUGGAGAGCGCAGUAUGUUCUUCAAUUUUCCUGGA